UCCAAAAAAUGGCUCAUCACCAUCAUCUUCCUCCCAAAGCCACCAAACUCUUCUCCACUCCAUUCAGAGAAAAACCAGACCCCAAGCAAAAGUUCUCUCUCUUCCGCAUCUCUCUCCUCAUUCUCCUCUGCUUCGCCUCUGCUUCCUUCCUCAAGCUCUCUUCUUUCUCUCCUCCGCCAAUUCUAUCUUCUGCCUACUCAAACAGUUCCCGAACACAUCAUUCCAAGCACUCCAACAACUCCGCCUCACCGCCGCCACCCCCGCCGCCGUGCUCCACUCUCAUCAACCUCGGCCCCACCACCUCCAACUCCAUCAAAAAUCUCCUCUGCUGCGACCGCUCCCAUUUCCGCACCGACGUUUGCUACAUGCUUGGCGACAUCCGAACCGCCGCAGGCAACGGCCGCCGAUCCAUUCUUCUCGUCGGCCCCUCGCAAGCAAACAAAACGGAGGAAAAAAUACGGCCUUACACCCGUAAAUGGGAAACAGAGAUCAUGUCCACCGUCGACGAGCUCAGCCUCCGGCCAUCGCCGGCCUCAGCUGCCAAACGCUGCGACGUGCGCCACGUCGCACCGGCGGUGGUGUUCUCUACCGGUGGCUAUACUGGGAAUGUUUACCAUGAGUUUAACGACGGGCUCAUUCCGUUGUACAUAACGGCGGCGAGGUUCGCCGGCGAAGUGGUCUUGGCGGUGGUUGAGUACCAUGAGUGGUGGUUUAUGAAGUAUAGGAGAAUUUUAGAGAAGAUUAGUAAGUAUGAGAUUGUGGAUUUGAGAAGAGAUAAGAGAGUUCAUUGCUUUGAUGAGAUGAUUGUUGGGUUGAAGAUUCAUGGAGACCUUGCAAUUGAUUCAAAUCUCAUGCAUAAUGGCAAAAGCAUCCUCGACUUCCAAUCUCUCCUCACCGCCGCACUCUCCUCCUCCCCGCAACCCCUACCGCCGCCCCUCCCAGCCACCGCCCACCACCGCCUCCACCUCACAAUCCUCAUCCGCCACCACUCCCGCCGCCUCCUAAACCUCCCCUCCAUCCUCCACCUCGCCCACCACUCCGGCUUCCACACCACUCUCCUCUCCCCCAAACGCUCCACCCCCAUCUCCCACCUCCACCACUCCCUCUCCUCCUCCGACGCCCUCCUCGCCGUCCACGGCGCCGCCCUCACCCACCUCCUCUUCAUGCCCCCCGGUUCGGUUCUCAUCCAAGUCAUCCCCAUCGGCCUAGACUGGGCCGCCGAGACUUACUACGGCGAACCGGCUCGCCGGCUCGGGUUACAUUAUCUCGCGUAUAAUGUGACCGCGGAGGAGAGUUCGUUAUCGAAGGUCUAUGGGAAGAACGACCCGGUUCUGAAGAAUCCUAAGCUUGUGACCAGCAAAGGGUGGGCGGAGACUAAGAGGGUUUAUAUGGAUAAGCAAGACGUAGAUUUGGAUUUAAAGAGGUUCGGCAAAGUUAUUCAACAGGCGAAGGCUCAUCUUAUGAGAAUUAAAUCUAAGAAAAAUAUUAAUUAA